AUGACACAAUCUGACUUAGAUCGAUGCGCUAUUACUUGUUCACCAGAAAAAUGUCAAUGUGUUGGACCUCCAGGAAUGUUGGGACAACCUGGUCCUAUGGGUGUACGUGGUUCUGAAGGACCGCCGGGUGAUCAAGGUCUAGUAGGACUUAUUGGUACUCAAGGUGAAAAAGGUGAAAAUGGAAUUCCUGGUCUGCCAGGUCCACAAGGUGAAAAGGGUUUACCUGGUGAACCGGGGUAUGCUGGUGAAAAUGGGGAUAUAGGUCAUCCUGGUACACGAGGAAUUAAAGGUGAAAAAGGCGAUAAUGGAUGUGAUGGUGAAGCGGGAGAAUAUGGUGAACCGGGUGACAAUGGAGAACCAGGUGUAGUAGGAUUACCAGGGGAACCAGGAAUUAAAGGUCCCAAAGGAUACACUGGAGGAUCCAGACAAGGACUAAUGGGUGAAAAGGGAGAACCUGGUGAUGUCGGCCUACCUGGAGAAGAUGGUAUACCAGGAUCUCCAGGAGAAGAUGGUGUACCUGGUCCACGUGGACCUCCAGGAGAACAAGGUGCUCGAGGUUUAAUGGGUGAUGUUGGCCCUAAAGGUGAAAGUGGAGUGUAUAAUUACACAAAUAUAAUUCCUGGAGAUCGAGGUGAACCAGGUCCACCUGGAGAAGAUGGUUAUCCAUGUGAAGGUAUGGAUCGUGCUUUCACUCCAGAGGAAAUAAUCAGUUUUACAAGAGGACAAACAGGAGAAAUAGGUGAAGCUGGUCCGAAAGGUGAUACUGGAGAACCAGGUGAUACAGGUGAUAUGGGUUUAGAAGGUGAGACUGGAGAACUUGGUGAAAAAGGAGAACCUGGUGAGCCUGGAAUAGAUGGUGAUCCAGGAGAAGAUGGUGAUAUGGGACCAAUUGGACAACCAGGUAACUUGGGUGCUGAUGGUCCACCUGGCCCUGAAGGUGCAGUCGGUGAAAAAGGCGAUAGAGGUAUACACGGACGUGAUGGUUUACAAGGUGAUCCAGGGCAGGCUGGAAUUCCUGGGAAAGCCACAUGUCCAAUCGAGUUUACUCCAAAAGGUGAAAAAGGUCUUCCAGGUUAUCCUGGUGAAAAAGGCGAUCCUGGUGAUCCUGGACUACCAGGGGAACAGGGUGAAAAAGGUGUUCCUGGCGAUGAAGGUAUUAAAGGAGUAAGAGGAAGUCAAGGAAAAAUUUGUGAGGCUGGUCCACAAGGUCCUAUGGGUCAAAAGGGUUGGUAUGGGAAAGGUGGAGUACAAGGCAUACCAGGUAUCGAUGGAGAUCCAGGAAAACCAGGAGAAAGAGGUUUGCCUGGAGAUGAUGGUUUCGGUCAGUUAGGCGAAGCAGGAGAAGUUGGAGUGGAUGGUUUACGUGGACCGAAAGGUGAGUCUGGAGAUGAAGGUGAACCUGGAGAAAAAGGAUACGGAGGAGAUAGUUUAGUUGGUCCAGUUGGUCCACGUGGUGAACCUGGUGAUAAUGGAGCUGAUGGGUUACCUGGAAAUGAAGGUCAACCUGGUCCUCCAGGUCCUAAAGGAGAACCCUUGUCUGUCUGUCCACUAUGUAGAGAUGGAGACACUGGUUCACGUGGAGACAUAGGCGAUCCAGGUGAAGAUGGAGAAAAAGGCGCAAAUGGAAUACCAGGAGAUAGAGGUGAUCCUGGAAGAUUAGGCGAAGAUGGACCAAUUGGUCUACAGGGCACUAAAGGUGAAAAAGGUCGUAGAGGUGAAGAUGGUUAUGAUGGGGAUCCAGGAGAUGUAGGAGAGUCAGCUAUUGUAUCUCGAGUUGUAGAAGAUGUUAUCCCUGGAGAUGAAGGUGAUGAAGGUCGUGAAGGUAGUGUUGGUGAUAUCGGAGAUCGAGGUGAUGAAGGCGAACCUGGUCCUGAUGGAGAUGAAGGUCCUAAAGGACAGAUGGGUAUAGAUGGUGAACAAGGACCAAUUGGUGAUGUUGGCGAUGAUGGAGACGAUGGUGAAGCUGGUGACAACGGUGAAGAUGUCAAGGGUUUAGUUGGUCAACUGGGUGAAAGAGGAGAUGAAGGAUUAACAGGAGAAAAAGGUGAAAAAGGCAUAGCUGGAACAAUGACAAAUUGUACAAUUGACUGGAGACAAAUAGUAGCUAAAAAUGAAUCUGAUUUAAUCGGUGAUCGAGGAGAGAAAGGAGAUGAUGGAGAUGUUGGUGAAAAAGGUUCUACAGGUGUAGAUGGUCCAAAAGGUGAAGUUGGUCAAACAGCACCACCAUCUGAACGAGGUGAAACUGGUCCUCCAGGUCCUGAUGGUGAAAAAGGAGAACAAGGACCACCUGGCAUUGAAGGCCCUCAAGGGUUACAAGGCGAUCCUGGACUAACAGUAGAUGGUGAAGAAGGAGAAGUGGGUGAACAAGGUCCUGAUGGUCCUAAAGGUUAUAAAGGCGAAGAUGGUGAUAUUGGUGAACCUGGUGAAACACCAGAACUAACUAAAGGUGAAGCUGGUCCCGAUGGAGAGCCUGGAACUGAAGGUGAAGAAGGAGAACCAGGUAUUCCUGGUGAGAAAGGAGAACCUGGAGCAGAAGCUGGUAGACAAGGUGAACCUGGAAGUCCUGGGGAGAAAGGAGAUCUAGGACCGAAGGGUCUCCCUGGUCCUAAAGGAGAACCUAGCACAGAUAUGGAGCCUGGAGAUCCAGGUGUUCAAGGAGAACCUGGUUUAGUUGGACCUGAUGGAGAAAAGGGUGCAGUCGGAGAGGUGGCAGAAUGUAAUGAAGCUGGUUUAUCUGGUGAUCCUGGUCCUGAAGGACCUAUAGGAGAAGUGGGUCCAGUCGGUGAAGAUGGGCCAGAAGGAGAAGAUGGGGAUGCUGGACCGGAGGGUGAAACAGGCCUUAUCGGUGAACGUGGUGAACCUGGAGAUGAUGGAAUUGAAGGCAUAAUUGGUUUAACUGGAAAGAAAGGUGAAACAGGAGGGGUUGGCGAUGUAGGUGAAAAAGGUUCUCCUGGUCCAGAAGGUGAAGUUGGAGAUGUCGGUCCACAAGGUCCACAAGGUAUAGAUGGUCCUCCAGGAGAGGUUGGUGAUAUUGGACCACCUGGUCAAUCAAUAGAAGGAGAACAAGGUGACAUUGGUCCUGAUGGGUUUGAAGGAGAACAGGGUGUUAAAGGAGAUACCGGUCCAGAUGGUGAAGAUGGUGAGCCAGGCAGUGUAGCUGAAGAUCUUCCUGGAAUAAAAGGAGAGUCUGGUCCCUCUGGAGAGGAUGGAGAACCAGGUGAAGUUGGAGUGGAUGGUGCUGAUGGAGAACCUGGCGAGAAAGGUGAUGAAGGUAUCAUAGGAGAACCUGGGCCGAAGGGUUCACAAGGCCCACGUGGAAAAAUUGGAGCAGUUGGUCAAGAAGGUCCCCAGGGAGUUAAAGGAAGAAUAGGUGGUGAAGGUGAAAUUGGUCCAGAUGGUGAAAAAGGCGAUAAAGGAGAAAUAGGUGAAGCUGGUCCACCAAGCAGUGCAAUUGUUGGACAAAAGGGUCGAGAGGGAUUAGAAGGACCACAAGGAAUAGAUGGUGAUAUUGGUGAAACAGGGGAGAAAGGCGAGACAGGUAUAGUAGGAGAAGAGGGUGAUCAAGGGGAAGAAGGACCCAUUGGUGAAGUGGGAGAUAUCGGGGAAACUGGUGGAGAAGGUGAAAUGGGACCUCAAGGAAAUGAAGGUCCAUUAGGAGAAGAAGGUUCUGAAGGAGAUAUUGGAGAGAGAGGAGAAUAUGGACCAUCCGGAGAAAAAGGUGAUCGAGGUAUUCAAGGUGAUUCAGGUGAACCAGCUAAAGAUUGUCCUGAUGGUCAAAAGGGAGUAGAGGGACCAAUAGGUCCACCGGGUUUACCAGGACCUCAAGGGCCUACAGGAGACCCAGGAUUACCUGGACUACGUGGAAAAGAUGGUCCACCAGGAGUUGGAGUAAUUGGAGCUCCUGGAGAACCUGGUGAUACUGGACACGUUGGCUUACCAGGAGAAGCAGGUGAACCUGGUGAUCAAGGCCCUGAAGGACCUUCUGGUUUAGCUGCACUUACUGGAGAACAAGGAGCUAAAGGAGAAAGAGGAUUGCCAGGAGAUAUUGGAGAACCAGGAGUUGAUGGUGUUCAAGGCCCCCCUGGUUAUGAUGGAGAGAAAGGAGUACAAGGACUACAGGGCAGAGAAGGAGUGGAUGGAAUAGAUGGUAUUGUUGGAGAAAAAGGUUUUACUGGGGAUCAAGGAGCAUUCGGUGAACGUGGACAAGUUGGUGAACAGGGUGAGACAGGUGAAACUGGUAUUGAAGGUCCGAAAGGAGUCCCAGGAAAGGCUACCACAGGAGAUCUUGGUGAAAUGGGUGACCCUGGUGAAGCUGGGGAUCUUGGAGACCAGGGUGAUCCAGGACUUGAUGGAGAAGUAGGCGAAGAAGGAGAUGUCGGUGAUAAGGGAGAGAAAGGUCAGCCUGGGUUGUUAGAAGGUGAAAGGGGCGAAACAGGAAGUGAGGGAGAACGAGGAGAGAUUGGACAAGUAGGACCUCCAGGUGUAGUUGGUGAAGUUGGACCUAAAGGGAAAGAUGGUGAAAAGGGACAACCAGGUCAAACAAAUUACUCUUCUAUACUAUUUGCUCGUCAUUACCAGACACCAUUCGUUGAUGAGCUUGCCUGUCCAACAGGUACAAACAAAUUGUUCACUGGUUAUAGCUACGUUAUGGGAGGUGGUGUAGAUGAUCUAGUCAGCAUGGAUUUGGGUACACCAAGUUCAUGUUUAUCCAAAUUCAGUUCACUUCCUAUGACCCAAUGUGAAAGAGAUACCACAUGUCAAUCGAGUAUGCGACAUGAAAGAUCCUAUUGGUUGGCUACAUUAGUACCACGUUCAGAACAACCAAUUCCAGUAGAUCAGACAGCUGAUCAAAUCGCUAGAUGUGUAGUCUGUGAAGCUCCUGCGCAUGUAUUUGCUUUUCACAGUCAAGGUGAAACUUUACAACCAUGUCCAAGCACCUGGACUGAAUUAUGGACUGGAGUUAGUUUAAUACUUCAUACCUCUGGAGCUCAUGGUGGUGGUCAACAGUUAUCCUCACCGGGUAGUUGUAUGGAGCAUUUCCGUUACUCACCAGUUAUUGAAUGCAACAAUAAUGUAGGCAUGUGCCACUAUUGGUCAGAUGCUAAAGUAUACUAUCUAAGAGCUUUAAAUCCAAAUAUUACACAAUUUGAAAAACCAGUAGGUUUUGUUAUGAAAGCCGCUGAAGGACCUGUGUUGAAUAAUGUUAGUAAGCAAUGUAAAAUGCUUCCUGCCAUUACUGCUUCGGUACCAAUGCUUACGAUUUCAGCACUACUUAUCCUCUUUAUUAUAUUCACUGGUAUUCCUCAGGCAGAAUCGCAAUUCCGUAGAGAUAUCGAUUGUUCAGUUAGAUGUGAUUAUAAUUUCUGUAGAUGUUUUGGACCCCAAGGACCGAUGGGUGAUCCAGGUCCUCGGGGACCACCUGGGUCUAUUGGUCCUAAAGGUUAUCCUGGUGAACAAGGACCACCAGGACCUAGAGGUAUGAAAGGUGAACCUGGACGUGAUGGAGCUGAUGGUCCUGUUGGAGAUAGGGGUCCUCCAGGAGACUUUGGACCACCAGGAAUGCACGGAGAACAUGGUGAAAGUGGUGAGACUGGUGAGAAAGGAGCUAAAGGUAUAGCUGGCUGUCCUGGAGGAAAAGGAGAUCCAGGAGAGAAAGGUGAACCAGGAAGACAAGGUAUGGAUGGUGAGAGAGGACCACCUGGACUUGAUGGGGAGAGAGGUGAUCCUGGUGAAUCCGGGCUAGGAACUCGAGGGCCACCUGGUCCUAAAGGAGAUACUGGUGACAUCGGACCAAAAGGUGAUGAUGGAAUUCAAGGAGAACGUGGAGACACUGGUCUGCCUGGACUUGAAGGCGACAGAGGUGAAGACGGCGAUCAAGGUAUAAUGGGUGAACCAGGUGAACCAGGAGAAACUAUUAUUGAUGCAUAUACCCCAGUUAAAGGUGCUCGAGGUGCACCUGGAGAUCCUGGUGAUCCAGGAAGAAAUUGUUCAGUCUCUUCACUGGAACAAGGUCGUCAAGCACUUAUUGGACCAGCUGGUGAUCGGGGUGAUACAGGUCCUAAAGGAUAUCCAGGACCGAAAGGAGCAAAAGGAAUGAGAGGUAUAGAUGGAACUAUCGGUCAGCCUGGUGCGAAAGGACAGCCAGGUCCAGAUGGUCCCCCGGGUCCGAAAGGUAUCAAAGGAAGCGCUGGUCAACCAGGUGCUAAAGGUGGUCAAGGACGUGAUGGUUUAAUUGGUGAUCGUGGUGUACCCGGACCUAAAGGUUUACCUGGAGAUCCUGGAGCGGAUGGAUUACGUGGACUUAUCGGUGACCCCGGUGAACCUGGUGGAACAGCAGAGUGUACUGGAGUUUUACCUGGACGACCUGGACAACGUGGUAUACCUGGAGAGCCUGGAGAUAAAGGGAUAGCUGGAAUUCCUGGGUCAGUAGGCGAUCGAGGAUUGAAAGGUUUACUUGGACCACAAGGACCAGUUGGUGAUCCUGGACCUGAUUGUCCUAUUGGACCACCUGGUUUACCAGGACCUAAAGGAUCACCGGGUGAUGAUGGUAGACCUGGCUUACCUGGACUUCCGGGAACUCCUGGAGAUGAUGGAUUACCAGGAGAUAAAGGAGACCCAGGUAUUGGUCACAGAGGUGCACCAGGCGAUCCUGGAGACAGAGGUUAUGAUGGUCCUCAAGGCCCUAAAGGUCCGAAAGGUUUGAAAGGUGAACGUGGUUUGCCAGGUACAAAAGGAGCUGGUCGACCUGGUCCACCUGGUGAAAAAGGUGAACGUGGCUUAGAUGGUCUUGCUGGAAAACACGGAAAAGAAGGACCUCCUGGACCACAAGGUGCACCUGGUGAACGAUGCAGUCUAUGUAAACCUGGUAUACCUGGAGCAAAAGGUGAAAAAGGUGAUCCUGGUCCAGCCGGUCUUCCAGGUCCUAGAGGUCGUGAUGGUGCUAAAGGUGAACGAGGAAGUCGUGGUGCUCCUGGGAACCAGGGUCGUAUGGGUUCACAAGGUUAUGAAGGUGAUCAAGGUGAACAUGGUCUUCCUGGACUAAAAGGAGCGAAAGGUGAACCAGGCGAAACAAGAACAGAAUACACUGGAAUUCUUAAAGGUCCUAAAGGUUAUCCUGGAGUGGAUGGACCUAAAGGUGACAAAGGAAUCAAAGGUCUUCCAGGUUCUCCUGGAGAGAAAGGCGAUCGUGGAUUAGAAGGACGACAGGGGGAUCCUGGUUUACGAGGUUUACCUGGACAAAAAGGUCCUAAGGGUAUACUGGGCGAAAAAGGCUACAAAGGUGCAUCAGCAGAAGUCAGAUUUGGCGUUAAAGGUGAAAAAGGUCAACCAGGACGUCCUGGACUCAAAGGUGAUCUAGGUGAUGCUGGUGAACCUGGAAACUGUACUGUAAAUGUUAUUCAAAGUCGUAACUUAACUGUGGAAAAAGGUGAUCGUGGUCCUAAAGGUGAACCUGGACCUAGAGGCGACAAAGGAAAACCAGGAGAUGAAGGUCCACCUGGAAAACCUGGAGAUAGUGGAAUUAGAGGUGAAAAGGGAGUCCCAGGAGUACCUGGAAUUCCUGGAGUGAAAGGAAUAGUGGGUUUACCAGGUGACCCUGGUGAGCAGGGUAGCCCAGGUGCCCCUGGAUUAUCUGGAUUACCUGGACCGAAAGGAGAUUAUGGUGAUACUGGGCCUACAGGAGAUCGUGGCUAUCCAGGUCCAAAAGGUGAGAAGGGAUUACCUGGCCUACCGGGAACAGGAAUUCCAGGGGAACGUGGUGCCCCAGGUCAACCAGGUACACCCGGCCCGAAAGGUGCCCCAGGAGAUGCUGGUAUUACUGGAGACCCAGGAGAUCCAGGAUCUGAUGGAACACCUGGUUUGCCCGGAGAACGUGGAGAUAUUGGUUUACCAGGACUUCAAGGUGAUCCUGGUCCAAGCGGUGGAACUGGUAUAAAAGGAAUUACCGGAGAUCCAGGAGAUACGGGAGAACCAGGUCAACCUGGACUUCCUGGAAUGCCUGGUGACAAAGGCAAGUGUAUUGGAGCAGCUGAAAAAGGAGAACCUGGUGCUCCAGGUCCAGAAGGUUUUGAAGGUCCUAAGGGAGAUCCUGGACCAAGAGGAGCGAAAGGAGAACAGGGACCUUCAGGUCCAGCUGGACGAACAGGUGAAAAAGGCAUGAAGGGAGAAAGUGGUUUGCCUGGUCCAGAUGGACCGCCAGGUGAGAUCGGUCUACCUGGUCGUCCUGGUGCACCAGGUCUUAAAGGUUUUGAAGGUACACCUGGACCGAAAGGAUUUGAAGGACCUGAAGGUAUUCCUGGAGAUGAAGGUCCGCCUGGUCCAAAGGGUGAACCUGGUUUACCCGGUACAGAUUCAUUUGGUACUAAAGGUGAACCAGGAGAAAGAGGUCCUCCAGGUGACACGGGAGAAAAAGGUUCUACUGGAAAGCCGGGUUUACGCGGACCACCAGGUGAUGAAGGAACAAAUGGUCAGGCAAUCGUUGGAGAUGCUGGUGAUCCUGGAGAUGUUGGAGAGAAAGGCUUACCAGGAAUGCCUGGAGAUCCAGGACCAUUUGGACCUAAAGGUACUCCAGGAGCACCAGGUCCGAUGGGACCAAAGGGUUUAAUUGGAGAUGCAGGUGUUCCAGGCCUUCAGGGUCGCCCAGGAAAGCCUGGUCCAGAAGGUCCACCUGGCUUACCAGGUCCAAAAGGUUUCCCCGGAGAAAAAGGUCAAAGAGGCAUAAAAGGCGAAAGAGGUGAACCAGGAGAGGUUAUACUCGGACGUGAAGGAGAGAUAGGUGAUAUAGGAGAAAGGGGUAUCCCUGGAAUUCCAGGGCCAAAAGGAGACAGAGGAUUCCCUGGUGAUGUUGGACCGAAAGGCUUACGUGGUCUACCAGGUCGAGUAGGCGAAAAAGGUCAACUGGGAAUGCCUGGAGAUAAAGGUGAACCAGGUAGAAUUGGAGUUGAUGGAUAUCCUGGCAGAAAAGGAGAUAAAGGAGAAUCUGGAGACAUUGGACCUAUUGGAGAUUCUGGACCUAGAGGACAACCUGGACCAAAAGGUUUCCCAGGUGCUCCUGGGCAGUGUAUAGCAGCUGAAGAAAGUGCCAUUGGUGAUCCUGGACCUCAAGGUCCUAGAGGACCACCUGGAGAAAAGGGUUUAACAGGCUUACCGGGUAAAGUUGGUAAACCUGGUGAACCUGGUCCACCUGGAAGAGGUAUUCCUGGUCCUAAAGGUCAAAGAGGUGAUCCUGGUUUCCGUGGCCUUAGUGGUCCGAAAGGAGAAAGAGGAGAAUCCGGAGAUCCAGGUGAUAUGGCUCUUCCUGGAGCUAAAGGUCCAAGAGGUUAUCCUGGUAUUAAAGGCGAGAAAGGUGAAUUAGGUAUGCCAGGAGAUACAGGUCCAAGAGGUCCUAUCGGCGACCCAGGUCCUUCAGGAGAGAUCGGUUUACCAGGUGAUGAUGGCAGACCUGGUCUUCAAGGUCCACGAGGCGAUAAAGGAGAUACUGGUUUCCCUGGAACAAUUGGAAUGAAAGGUGACACUGGAGAUGUUGGUGAUCCAGGACCAAUGGGUCCACCUGGUCCACCUGGAGAAGAUGCUACUGGUCUUCCUGGUCUUAAAGGAGACAAAGGUGAACCAGGCACACCUGGACGCAAAGGUAUGAUGGGUGAACCGGCAGCACGUGGACCGAAAGGUAUUAAGGGGGAGAUGGGAUUACCAGGUCCUACUGGUAGGGAACCUGGAGAGCCAGGACCAAAAGGAGAACCAGGACCGAAAGGGUCCCCUGGUGAUAUUGGUCCCAGGGGGAUACCUGGAGAUAUUGGUCCACCUGGACCAGAAGGAUUUAGUGGGCCACCUGGACAAGCACUACAAAGUACCUAUCUUUUCACAAGACACUUUCAAAAUCCUGACACUGAACCUGUAUGUCCUCCUGGUUCACAGAAAAUAUCCGAGGGGUACAGCUUUGUUAUGGCCAAUGGAAAUGGAGAGUUGGUUACAAUGGAUCUUGGUUCGCAUAGCUCAUGCUUGAAUAUGUUCAGUAUAAUGCCAUUUUUCCAAUGUCUACGUGAUGGAUCUUGUCAACUUGGUGUUCGUGCAGAUCGUUCCUAUUGGCUGGCUACUACAGAACCACUUCCAAUGAUGCCAUUGGAUGUUAGUGAAGUUCGUCGAAGGGUAGCACGUUGUGUCGUCUGUGAAGCACCAACUCAACCGUAUGCUUUUCAUGCACAAGCAAAUCAACUGCAAGAAGUCAACUGUCCUGAUGGAUGGGCAAGACUUUGGGAUGGAUAUAGCUUUGUUAUGCACAGUGUUGGAAGUACCGGGGGCGGUCAACAACUUUCAUCUCCAGGCAGUUGUCUUGAAUACUUCAGCUAUUCACCAUUAUUAGAAUGUAACAACGGGAUGAGUUUAUGCAAUUAUUGGUCAGAUGCAAAAGCCUAUUAUCUACGACAUGUCAGUAAUAAUACAGAAUUUCAAAAACCUGUUGGCCAGUAUAUUACAGAUCAUUUACCGGAUGAAACAAAAGUCCUACGCGAGAUAAGUCGAUGUCGUGUCUGUGUGAAAUCACGAUUCCAAUCAUAUUUUGUUUAAAUUCAUACUAUAAAAAGUUGUCAAGAUGAAACAGCUGAUGAAGAGAUACACAACGGCCAAAACCACAAGUACAAUGAUAAACAAUAACGACAAUAUCAUUUUACUAUUAUUAUUAUAUAUAAUGUCAAAAAUACUUACAAACUGAUGUAAUUCAUAUUGUUGCUUAGUGAACUUUUAAAAUUCAAAUGCCUAAAUUCAAUUUGGAUGCACAUUUCACUGUUUUUUGAAGGCAAUGUCCCUCUUCUACUUGAUCUCCUUCAAUAAGUGAUACGUUUUUAUUUUGAGUCCAGGUGGAUCGAUU